AUGGGCUACGGAGUGUACCACAGCCGCGCCGGAAUUGUCGUUGGAACACUCGCGCUUCAGUUAAUCUCUUCAACAUGUGUAAUCUUGCGCUUUUACACUCGCUUCUGGAAGCGGCAGCCAGUUUUGAUCUCGGACUGGCUCGUGCUGGUGGCAUGGGUGUGCGGGUCGGGCCUUAGCGUGAUGGAGAUCUAUGGUGUGGCUGUCAACGCGUUUGCUGUGCCGUUAAAUACAACAUCUCAUCUCUCGCAAGGCCUGAACGAACGGUUGAAAAAUGUCCAGCAUAUGGAGUAUGCGUUCGUACUUACUGGCGUCUUCUCAAUCGGCCUCGUUAAGUUGUCCGUCUGCCUUCUCUACUGGCACCUAUUUGCCAAAGUUAAGAUCCGCCGCUUCCUUGCUGUGUGGAUCGCUAUCAUUGUCACAUGGACCGUGGCAUUCCUGAUUAGUGAAUUCUUGGAGUGUGGCACUCACCCACUAAAGGUAUUUGGCACGAAACAGGAUUUGGCCAAGUACUGUCCACACAUCCACAAGAUCGGCUACGCCUUGGUGGGAAGCGAUGUAGCUACAGACCUUAUAACGUUGUUGAUCCCUCUUCCUUUGGUGAUGGGUAUGCGGCUUCCUUGGACACGGAAAAUCCUCCUCGCGGCCACCUUUCUAGUGGGAGCAUUGGCUGUCGGGGCGAGCACAGCGAAAGCCUACAUUUACAUCGCCUCAAGCCUCGCUAUGAUGCAUGAAGACGGGAUUAUCCUUGUGACGGCCUAUUCGAUGUGGAAUCUUGUCGAAGUUCACGUUAGUAUCACUGCGGCGUGUGGCAUGACACUCCGGCCUAUACUCGGUCGUAUAUUCCCAACGGAUAGAUUCACAUCAUUUAUCCGUUUUUUGAGGUCGUCUUGUAAUCGUAAGAAGACCGACCAGUUUUCAGACCUACCUUCCUUCGUGAAAAUAGAGUCGGGACCAGACCAAAACAGUAGAAACCCCGAGAAUACGGAGCCAGAGAAGAAAGAGUAUGAACAGCAGGAAUUGGUGUUCCAGACAAGCGCUCUUGCAGAGGUUGUUUAGAAAUGAAUCCGUAGCCUAUAUGAUUCUUAAAUUGAUAUGCCCAAUGCAGAGUUUGGGGAAGGAGCGCAGAGCUGAAAUAGAG